UGGGACGGCGGCGCCGCCAUGAGCUUGUUCGGUUUGUUCCGAGGCUUCUUCGGUUUCCCGGAGCGGGGCGGCGGCGGCGGCGGGGGGUGAGAGAUGGUUCAGGCAGCUUCAAAUACACCGGAGAGGUUUUUCCAGGGAAUGACACUGGAUGAUGAGGAUGAGGAGGAAGAUGAUGGGUUUUUCGGAGCUCGUCAGCGCGAUAUCUUUGGCUUUGGGCCUGGCGGCCGGCAUUUCGAUGGUGGGUUUUCCGGACUUUUGCGUGAGAUGGACGAACUUUUCAAAGGCAUUGGCAGCUGGGAGGUGCCCAACGGACAAUUUGAUUUCCCGGUGCUGGAGCCCCAUCCGUACGGAGGAGGCCAGCAGGAAGGGAGCAGGCGGAACCCCCGGGAUUUGAUGUUGAAGGAGCCGGACAGGGAUCACGCCGCAGGAAGUGGGGAGCAGCCUGACGCUGACCGGCGGGAUAGACCCACCCCCAAGGGGCCGAGUGGCGGACUCCUGAGCCCUUACAGAAGACCGUGGAAUCCACCCAGUGUGUUUGAGGAGAUGUGGGAGUCGUCAAGACGAGAGGAGUCGGCGAAAGAGGACAAUGACCUGGACUCCAGGGUGAACUCCGAAGGCCUGGAUAAGAUCCUGAAGCCCUCGGAGCCAAGGACCGGAUCCUACUUCAAGAGUGUGUCCGUGUCAAAGGUUGUCCUCCCUGACGGGAGCGUGGAGGAGCGCCGAGUGACCCGGGACGCCCAAGGCAACGAGGAGACCACGGUGACGCGGGCACAAGGCAAGCAGUCGUACACCACAGUGACCCGGCGCGACGCUCAGGGCAAGGAGGAAUGGACUGAAGAGAUGGUCAACAUGGAUGACAGUGACCGGCAGAGGUUCACAGAGCACUGGGAGCAGCGAGCAGGACAGGGCACCUCGAGCGAGCUGCGGCAAUUCGGUGACUCCCUGUCCUUCCUGGAUAAAUUACUGAAGGGAUUUUUCUCCAGCCGCUGAGCUGCACAGACAGCAGGAGGUGGCUUGGAAGAGGAGCAUCAUGGGAGAAGCAGAAAGAGACCACUGUUGGACUGGUGCUGUGUGUGUGUGUGUGUGUGUGUGUGUGUGUGUCUGUCCAUUUGUGACUGUGUGUGUGUGUCUGUCCAUGACUCUGAGCACUUUGUGUGUGUGUGUGUGUGUGUGUGUCACGGGACGUGAGAGAUUGCAGAGCCAGCAGCCGCAGUGGACAUCGGAUACACGUCGAUAGCGCAUAGACAAUUUGCUGACCGUCUUCUUGCUUCUGUUGGCAACCGAGUAGCGUUCUGUCUCUCUGAACACGCGCUGCACCGUGCUCAACAUCAUCAUGUUCCGCAGCUUCUGCGCGCUCCCCUGAAGUUCCAGAAGUCCUUCACCGUGCAAUGAAGUCAACACCAUUCACUUUGGGUUGAGCUCUUGCGGCCUGUCGUGAUUACGCACCACCCGCUGCUCUCUGGUCAGGGUUGUGUGUCUGUCUGAGACCCACUCUCCCGUCCAGAAAGCACUAUACAGGUGGGGGCCAAGGGGGCACUGAGCUGCCAGAGGGGUUGGGUGAGGGUGGGCGGGAAUUUUAAGCCCAUACCAUAGAGAUGUUCUCGCUGUCAAAUGUCAUGUUCUGGCUUUGAAUCUCAUACCAACCAGUGACUUGAUUUGAAUUCAAUAAAAAAAAAAUGUAGAGUUAAGAA